CCGGAAGGGGGAAGCCGUCCGUCCAUCCGGGCUGCGAGCUCCAACAGUGACCGCUAGUUUCAGCUCAUGUCAGCCGUACGUUAUUCACCCGAGCCGUAGUGGGGGAACCGUCCACGGGGUUAGGAGGGAACAAGGACGCCAGGUCGACAGAUGAAGUUGACGACCGCUGCUGCCCGGGGACUUUUUGCUCAUUUUUUUGUCCGAAGCAGGAACCUGUUCAAAGCACGCCGAAUUACUUGUUUUUGUUUGAUUUAAACGCGAUUAGCGUCUGCUGCAGGGAGGCUAGCUAGCUAGCUAGCCAGCCGCCAUCUCCCACUCCACAAUCGGGAGCGAGCGCCCGCGUGUCUUCCGCCAUGGGGAACGCUGCCACCGCCAAGAAGGGCAACGAGCUGGAGAGCGUAAAAGAGUUCCUAGCCAAAGCCAAAGAAGAUUUCUUGCGAAAAUGGGAAUGCCCACCACAGAGCACGACGUGCCUCGAUGACUUUGACAGGCUGAAGACGCUGGGCACCGGCUCGUUUGGGAGGGUCAUGCUGGUGAAACUCAAAGGAACAGAGCAGUACUUUGCCAUGAAAAUACUGGACAAGCAGAAGGUCGUAAAACUGAAACAAAUAGAACACACGUUAAACGAGAAGAGGAUAUUACAAGCCGUCAGCUUCCCCUUUCUCGUCAAACUCGAGUAUGCGUUUAAGGACAACUCCAAUUUGUAUAUGGUGAUGGAGUAUGUUCCCGGAGGCGAGAUGUUCUCGCACUUAAGACGGAUCGGGAGGUUCAGCGAGCCGCACGCCCGCUUCUACGCCGCCCAGAUCGUGCUGACAUUUGAGUACCUCCACUCGCUAGAUCUCAUCUACAGAGAUUUGAAACCCGAGAACCUUCUCAUCGACCACCACGGCUACAUUCAGGUGACGGACUUCGGAUUCGCCAAGCGCGUAAAAGGCAGAACUUGGACCUUGUGCGGCACACCGGAGUACCUGGCUCCUGAAAUCAUUCUCAGCAAAGGCUACAACAAAGCUGUGGACUGGUGGGCCCUGGGAGUCCUCAUCUAUGAGAUGGCGGCCGGCUACCCUCCGUUCUUUGCUGACCAGCCCAUUCAGAUCUACGAGAAAAUCGUCUCCGGCAAGGUGCGCUUCCCCUCCCACUUCAGCUCGGACCUAAAGGAUCUGCUGAGGAACCUGCUGCAGGUGGACCUGACCAAGCGCUUCGGCAACCUCAAAAAUGGCGUCAAUGACAUCAAGGGCCACAAGUGGUUCGCCACUACGGACUGGAUCGCGAUCUAUGAGAGGAAGGUGGAGGCCCCGUUCAUCCCAAAGUGCCGAGGCCCCGGGGACACCAGCAACUUCGACGACUACGACGAGGAGGAGAUCCGCGUUUCCGUCACGGAGAAAUGCGUGAAGGAGUUUGCCGAGUUUUAGGGACGCGACGGGAUGCGUGACGACAGGAUAUGUCAGGGAAAUUUAAAAAAAAAAAAAACAAACAAAAAAAAAGGAUCUUUGCACUCUUCUGAGGACUUGGAAACGAAGCAAAGGCCACGUUUUUUUUUUUUUCUCCUCCUUCCGUCCUGUCUUUCCCACUUGUACGACACACACAGCUCAAUGAGGUUGCCAUGAUCCUUUUUGGUGCCGAUUACCUCUCACCGUCACCUCCACCUGCGCAUUAAAGCAGACUCACCACUUUGUAUUUUUUUUUUUUGUUGUUGUUGUUUUUUUUUUU